AUGUGUGUGUGAGAAAAUGGUUGGAGGGUUAUCAGUCUUCAGGGUGUGUUCAAUCCUAAUGGCUUUUCUUUUUGCAAUGUCUGCAUCUUUCCAGUUGAAUGAUCCUGAUUGGUACCUGUGGAUUCCUCUAUACUCGACUGCAACCAUUGUGAACUCGGUCAAUGGGGCGAGCAACCUGAUGGCAGUCAGAAAACUAGCAAAAUGUACAUUUUGGCUGGGGAUUAUAGUGUUCAUCAAACUAGGGAUUCUAGAUCUGCAGAAUGGGAUAGUUGGGCUAUGGUCAAUGGAUAUGAGGGAGAGGGCUGUGAGAGAGAAGCUAGGAAGUGGACUGGUUAUCAUCUCUAUGUGUUUACACCUAAGAAAGUCAACUCCAAAAAAUCUCGACUAUGGAAUGCUAACCUUGGUGGUGGUGAGCUAUGGGCUAUGUUCUGCUUUCUUUGUGCUCCACAGGAAGGAGAUGAAGUUUUGAUACUAUCUGCAGGUUGCACUGCAGAUCCUGUGUUCAUCAUCAGAUGUAAAAAUUUGUAAAAUU